AUGGGAGCAUUUUGCCUGGCAUUGCAGCUGCCAUUCAUCAUUCCUCCUUCUCAGCCACACGGAAGGCUUCGUGCUGCUGCAUCGACAAGAAAAUCAACAAGCACCUCUUCAUAUUAUCAAUACAUCACAUUACAUGACAUUUCAUCGCAUCUCAUAUCACAACCUACAUUACGCAUAUCGUAUCACGGUGGUCUGAGAGCAUUGAGAAACUGCCAAUCGUACGCUAAUGUUUAUGAGGCUUUGAAAUACAAUGUGUUGCAGGAAAAAAAAUUUGAAAGCGCCGAUAAACACUACACAAAAUUUGAGGUUCUAGUGAUUGAUAAAUAUAAUUUAAUAGAAUCCUUGGAUGCCUAUCAUCGUAUUAUUGAAAAACAUUUAAACAUAUCGCAUGAAAUCAUUUGCAUCUUGUCAGUGACAAUUACCCGCUUCGGUACAACCACCACAAACCCCACUAAAUCAUAUCACGCCAUAGUGAUCAGAUUACAUCACACCGCAUUGUACCACCUAACAUCAUUGCAUCAGAUAUCAGAUCUAAGCUCCGUCUCAAAUGUGGACAAUGUUAUAUAUGGCCUAGGGCAGCACUUUGCAUUGGCCACAUUUCUCCAAAUGCAGUCGUGUUACACAACCGUCAACUUAAUCCCUGAACAUGUUUGUGCUGUUCAGUAUAUACUCCAUCAGAUCACUAACAUUCAUCAGAGAUGA